CGUCAUAUGAGUGUAUUAGGGCUGCCAAAGGCGCAUAAAUGUCAAAUUUAUUAAACCAUGUCUGUCAUCACCAAAAUUAUAAAAUGUGCUAGCGAAAUUUAGAAUGUAGAAAUAUAAAAGUGAUAUAAAAUGCUGACAUUUCCAAAAUUAUUAGUAACUUCAAUCCAUCAAUUUAAAGAAAAAAUAGCUUUCAAACUGAAUUCAUUGUAUCGUCAAGCUACUACUACUGUCUUCGCCUCCGCAAAACACACGGAUACUUCCGCUUCAAUCAAACUCAAGGCUUCUUUAGAAUCAGCCCCUUCAGAAUCAGGACCACUAUCCAAGAAAGUUGCCCUUGUAACAGGCGGAUCGACACCAUGUGGCUUAAUUUGUGUUCAAGAGCUGUUAAGAUGUGGCGCUAAGGGUGUUAUGUUUACAGAUACCGAUGAAAAUUUAGGGCGAAAAAAGCUAGACGAACUCUGUCAGUGUUUUGAUCCAAAUAGAGCUGCAUUCAUUCGGUCUGACUUAAGAGAUGCCCUGUUGUUAAGAAAUGCAUUUUUAAGUUCCAAAAAGCAUUUUUGCAGUCUGGACAUAAUUGUUAAUAUUAUUGAACAAUCAGAAAAAUAUAAGUGGACGGAGGAAAUAGACAGAAAUUUGACAGGCAUAGUGAGAAGUACACUAAUUGGCUACGAACUCCUUAGUACCCAGAAAGGGGGAAAAGGAGGAACUAUCUGCAAUCUUAUAGUUUCACCCUGUGAGGAAGAGAACUUAUCUCCCGUUUUAGUGGCCACCCGAAGCUACUUAAUGAGUUUUGGUCAAUCGAUGUCUUCGAAGUUUAAUAAAGGCACUGGAGUUAAAAUUAUUACUGGCUUUGCGGAUGAUGACAAAAAGGCUUUAAAAUCAGCAAAAGGACAGGCAGUUGCAUCAGAAACUUUGACGACUAUGUUAGAAAACGCUGCUCCUGGAUCAGCUUGGACUUUACAAUUUUUGACAAAUAACAAGAAAUAACAAGAAAAUGGAAAAUUAACCACAAAAUUAUUCUGAUUGAUCACUAAUCAAAAUUAAAAUUGUUCUGAUACUAAAGUAUCGUUUUUAUUUUGUAAAAAGUGUGAAUAUUAUCUUAAUAAAACCAGUAAUUUAAUUAA